AGCCGAUCAAAUACAGGGAGGAGAAGAAGAAAAUUCGCACUAAAUGUGCAUGUUUUGCAGGACAGCGGGGAGGACGUCAUCCAUUGAGUCACUUUAGCUGCAUAAUUGCGGCGCAAAGCUGGAGGAUUAAGACCGCCGGGAGUCACGACUCUUUCCGUACAUCGACCUCCAUGAGACACCGAGGCUAGCCGCGCCUAGCUCGCCCAGCGCAGAGAGCCACCUCGCGGCUCACAUGCAGUGAGUUCCUCCCCCCCCCCCCCCCGACUGGGGGGUUCGAUCGAGACGAUGGCGGACCGGAACGCGCCGCCGCGGGACGGUUCUCCCCCGCAGCGCUGCGGCGGGGUGAGUCCGUCGGAGGAGAACGGACAGGCGGACAGCGCCGACGAGACGCUCUCGCCGACCUCCGUCAUCUAUUUCAAGGAGGCUCUGAGCUCCGUCGGCUUCGGGAAGGCGGUGUCGCUGCCGCCCUCGUCGCCUGUCAAGUAUGACUUCCACAUCGAGAGGAUGGACCCGAAACGCAAAAAUCCUAAAGACCCCAUCACCAUCGAGCGCCUCAACCUGAUGAACAUGGCCAAGCUGAGCAUCAAGGGCCUGAUCGAGUCGGCGCUCAACCUCGGGCGCACGCUGGACUCGGACUACGCGCCCCUGCAGCAGUUUUUCGUGGUGAUGGAGCACUGCCUGAAACACGGUUUGAAAACCAAGAAAACCUUCCUGGGCCAGAACAAGUCCUUUUGGGGAGCCUUAGAGCUGGUGGAGAAGCUGACACCCGAGGCUGGGGAGAUCACCGCCAGUGUGAAAGACCUGCCUGGCCUCAAAACCCCUUUAGGAAGAGGCCGGGCCUGGUUACGACUUGCCUUGAUGCAGAAGAAGCUCUCCGACUACAUGAAGACCAUCAUCAACAGGAAGGACCUGCUCAGUGAAUUCUAUGAGCCCAACGCACUGAUGAUGGAGGAGGAGGGCGCCGUUAUCGCCGGGCUGCUCGUGGGGCUCAACGUCAUUGACGCCAACCUGUGUAUGAAAGGAGAAGACCUGGACUCGCAGGUGGGAGUGAUUGAUUUCUCAAUGUACCUGAAAGACGGCGGACACAGCAGCAAGAGUGCAGAAGGUGACGGUCAGAUCACAGCCAUUCUGGACCAGAAGAAUUACGUGGAGGAGCUCAACAGACAUUUGAGUGCUUCAGUAAAUAACCUCCAGGCCAAAGUGGACGCUCUAGAGAAGUCCAACACGAAGCUAACAGAAGAGCUGGCGGUGGCCAACAACAGGAUCAUCACGCUACAAGAAGACGUGGAGCGAGUGAAGGAAGAGAGCUCGUAUCAGCUGGAGUCCAACAGGAAGGCGUUGCGAAGCGACUCCGCAUCAGACGGUCCAGCACUGGGUGAGACACGCAAGCAGCUCAAGGAGGAAACGCUCCUUCGACUGGACGUGGAGAAGGAGCUGGAGGUGCAGAUCGGCAUGAAGCAGGAGAUGGAGCUCUCCAUGAAGAUGCUGGAGAAGGACGUCUGCGACAAGCAGGACGCGCUGGUGGAGCUCCGGCAGCAGCUGGAAGACCUUCGCGUCAUCAACCAGCAGCUCAGCCACAAGUCACAGAGCGCCGACGCCAGCUCCAAGCAGAAGAGCGACGUCAUCGCUCGGCUGGAGGACAAAAUCAACCAGAUGUCAGGCACCGUCAAACAGAUGGAGAGCAGAUGUAAGCAGGCCGAGCGGGACAAGGAGGCGGCGCUGGAGGCCAACCGCCUCUUCAAGCGGGAGUUUGGAGACAAGAUAGAGAGCCUGCAAGCGGAGGUGGAGCAGCUCCGAAGAUACAGGUCCAAUCUGGAGGCGGAGCUGAGGAGGGAGCGAGAGCGCCCCCCGCAGGCUGGACGUCCCAACACGCCGCACGGGGAGGGGAAGCAACCUGAGCACAUCCCUAAACCCGACCGGGCGUCUCCAUCGAGGACGGAGGAGAACGUUGUUGUCGUCACAACGGAGGACAAGACCAGCCUGAGCUCCAACUUGUCCUUGUGUCUCUCUGAGGAUGAAGAGGAUGACUCUUUUGUGGAGAUCAGCCAACCUUCCAUCUGUGACUUGUGCCAGCUGGACGACUCUCUUAUCAAGACAAAGAAGCAGUGCAAGAACUGCAGCGGCGUCUUCUGCGAGAGCUGCGUGUCCAACCAGCUGCCGCUGCCGUCCUCCAUCUUGCCGGAGGUGGUGUGCAGCGCCUGUUUCGCCCUCUUGCUGCAGCAGUACGCCGCCACGCCCUCCUGAAACACGGACACGCCUCCUCUCCCACUGGAACUGCAAGGUGCACUUUUUCUUUUUGGAAGACUCCUCCAAAGAUCUCCUCACAUUUCACUUAUAUAUAGAUCUAUACUGUAUAUACACACAGUGUAGAUAUAUAUAUAUAUAUAUAUAUGCUUACUGCUACCAAAGAUGUUUUUAACCGUAAUUGUUUUUAACAAAAGGAAGAGCUGGAUUCGUGUUCUAGUAAAACGUGCAACAAUUUGACAUACACAAUACAUAAAAAAUAAUUUUAUUAUUAAGGAAAUACAUAGUGAUGGAUGUACAUAUCUAAAUGUGAAAAUACAGUUUUCAUCAAUGCUAUAUAAUCCAUGUUAGUAGAAAUACGUCUCUACUUGAUUACAACAGCUGAUUUAUUGAUCGUACGUUAUCGAUGUCUGUUCUUGCAGCAAUGACUUCAUUCAUAUCCCGUAGACAUGUUUCUUUAAUAAACCUGCUGGAGUUUGUUUUUUUUUUAGCCUA